UUUUGUACGCUAUGGUCACUUUGCUGCCGGCUUUUUUUUUGUAUGCUAUUUGUUUUUGUGCGAUUUAUGCUGUGGUCCUGAUUGUCCUCCUGUCGAAAUGCGUGCGCCUAAUGCGCUCGUGCUCCUCCUCGCUCUCCUGCUUCUCCUGCUGACCUACGUCCACGGAACCCUCGCCCCGGACAGCCACAAAUCGAAGAGCAAAACCAAGGAAAAUGCUCUGCGUGGCGGUCCGCAAGACCAAGAUGUUUUCGACCUGGGAUUGGUAAGUCCCGAGCCCCUGGCCAAGGACAUCGUAGGCAAUCACCGAGGGUACUUCAAGGAGACGGGAUUGCGUCGCUUCAAUGGCACCACCAUGGGCUAUGUGACUCCAUGGAACUCGCAUGGCUAUGAUGUGGCGAAGAUCUUCGCCAAGAAAUUCGACAUCAUCUCGCCGGUUUGGCUGCAGAUUGUCAAGCAGGGAGAUCGCUAUGCCGUAGCUGGCACCCAUGACAUCGAUGCAGGUUGGUUAACCGAUGUCCGGAGGAAGGGUAAACAGGUACACAAUCAGAGAACAGUUAAAGUGUAUCCCCGUUUUAUAUUCGAUCACUUCACUGAUCGGGACAUUAAGCUCCUGCUUAGCGACGCCCAGGAGAGGACGAAAGUCAAUGAAGUGCUGAUUAAGUGCUGUAAGGAUAAUGGCUUUGAUGGACUCGUCCUGGAGGUUUGGUCCCAGCUAGCUGGACGCAUAGAUGAUAAAAUUCUGUACACAUUGGUCCUGCAAAUGGCCAAAGAACUCCAGAAGCAACAGCUGCGGCUCAUUCUGGUCAUUCCUCCAUUCCGCAAGGAAACGGGCCACCUUUUCGGAGAAAAGCACAUGGACAAGCUGUUCAAGCACAUAUUCGCUUUCUCUCUGAUGACUUACGACUUUUCCAGUGUACAGCGCCCUGGAGCAAAUGCACCAUUAUAUUUCGUGCGUAAGGCUGUGGAGACAAUAGCUCCAGAAGGUUGUACUGAUAUGAAGGCAAAGCGGGCUAAAAUUUUGUUGGGACUGAAUAUGUACGGUAAUGAUUACACGCCCGAUGGAGGUGGACCCAUAACCUUCUCUCAGUACUUGGACCUGGUCAGGCAUGUGAAGAAGCACCUUACUUACGAUGAGCGGGAUGUGGAAAAUUUCUUUGAAAUCAAAAACGACGACGGUCGCCACAUUGUCUUUUAUCCCACUCUCUAUUCCAUAAACGAGCGAAUAAAGCUCGCCCAGGAAUUAGGCACUGGCAUUUCGAUCUGGGAACUGGGCCAAGGCCUAAACUAUUUUUACGAUCUCUUUUAGUUAGCUUGUAAGCAGCAUGCAAUGCACAAUACCUAUUCCUAAUAAACAACAUUAUAUAUUAGCCA